CGAGGGCAACUCCCAUGUCAAAGUCAUCGCGACUUGCACGAUGCUAACCGGCCAUUAACAUUUCAGUUUACCCAAAAUAUCCUCGCUUACUUCCCCCUAGUCUCGAUUAUCCGAUGGAGUGUUCCGUAAUUUGGGCCCUCUUUUAAUUAAAUGAUCCUUGACAAAUAAAUUUUCCUUCCGAGCAGAGAGGAAGAACUGCAAAACUCUUCGCUGAGACAGUUAAUAGUUUUGCAUGUGAGGCUUCGAUGAAUUACGAUUUCUUUUGAUGCGAUCCCUGGAAUUUCUGUUUAUAAUUUGAAGGAACCAGAAGAAGAAUGCUAGGUUGUGAAUGAAUGUGUGAGAGAUGGAUUCUGCUAGGGGUUGGUUUCAGAAAUUCCAACCUAGAGUGAAAACUGGACCUAUCCGAAUGAAUGGAGUGGAAAAUAUGAGUGAUGAGGCGCCUUCAAGUGCAACGAAACAGAAGGCUGAGGCAGCGAAGCAGUAUAUAGAGAACCACUACAAAUCCCAAAUGAAGUGUUUGCAAGAUAGGAAGGAGAGACGCUGGACAUUGGAGAGGAAGCUUGCUGAUGCUGAUGUUUCUAAGGAAGAACAAAUGAAUAUUUUGAAAUAUUUAGAGAAAAAGGAGACAGAAUAUAUGCGCCUUCAAAGACAUAAGAUGGGUGUUGAAGAUUUUGAACUUUUGACCAUUAUAGGAAGGGGUGCAUUUGGGGAGGUGAGACUUUGCAGAGAGAAAGCUACUGGCCAUGUGUAUGCAAUGAAGAAGCUCAAGAAAUCUGAGAUGCUUCGCAGAGGUCAGGUGGAACAUGUUAAAGCUGAAAGAAAUCUUCUUGCUGAAGUUGAUAGUGCUUAUAUAGUCAACCUUUACUGCUCUUUUCAAGAUGAUGAGUUUCUGUAUCUUAUAAUGGAAUAUCUUCCUGGUGGUGACAUGAUGACAUUACUAAUGCGCAAAGAUACCUUGACUGAGGAUGAAACCAGGUUUUAUGUUGGGGAGACAGUCCUGGCCAUCGAGUCUAUUCACAAGCACAACUACAUCCACAGGGAUAUCAAACCUGACAAUCUACUGCUUGAUCGUAAUGGGCAUUUAAAGCUUUCGGAUUUUGGUUUGUGUAAGCCCUUGGAUUGUAGUAGUUUUCCAAAUCUUAGUGAGAAUGACCAUGGAAUGGGAAAGGAUUUCAAAUCUUCAAUGGAGAGUGACAAGCACACUAGUCUGCAUUCUGCACCAAGACGGACACAACAGGAACAGUUAUUGCACUGGCAAAAGAACAGGCGAAUGUUGGCUUUUUCAACAGUGGGAACACCAGACUACAUUGCCCCAGAAGUACUACUGAAGAAAGGAUAUGGGAUGGAGUGUGACUGGUGGUCUCUUGGAGCAAUCAUGUAUGAAAUGCUUGUGGGGUAUCCACCUUUCUAUUCUGAAGAACCAAUGUCAACAUGCAGAAAGAUCGUAAACUGGAGAACCCAUUUGAAAUUCCCUGAAGAAGCCAAGCUGUCUGGUGAGGCUAAAGAUCUCAUUUGUAGGCUCCUGUGCAAUGUUGAGCGGAGGCUUGGGACCAAAGGAGCUCAUGAAAUAAAAGCACACCCUUGGUUUAAAGGAUUACAAUGGGAUAGAUUAUAUCAGAUGGAAGCUGCUUUCAUUCCAGAGGUCAAGGAUGAGUUAGAUACUCAAAACUUUGAGAAGUUUGAAGAGUUAGCAGCUCCAGUACAAACUACAUCAAAAUCAGGUCCAUGGAGAAAGAUGCUUUCAUCAAAGGAUGCAAAUUUUGUGGGCUAUACGUACAAGAAUUUUGAGAUCGUGAAUGAGGAUCAUAUACCUGGCAUUGCUGAGUUAAAGAAAAAGACUAACAAGCCAAAGAGACCCUCCGUUCGGUCAUUAUUUGAGACACCUGAUCCGCCUUCUUUGGGAAGCUUUCUGAACCUUUCGCCUACACAAUCAGUGGCCUUUGAAAGAAGCCCCCCUGAGCCAUUGCCUCAUUCUGGUAGACCUCCAAAACAUCAACUGAAGCCCAAGGGAAGAUAACGACUGCUAGUUUACCAGUGAUUGUUUAUAGCCAAAGUAAACAUAAUUAAAGGAAUUCUUUCUUCUGUCUAAGAAAAGCAAAGCAAUAUAAAGCAAGUGUUCUGCUAUUCAUACGCUAUUCCAUCUACUUACAUAGUGUAGAUUCUGAUUUCCCAUAUAGAAAUUUUAUGCUACGGAUUUUUGGUAUGGAAAUUAUUUUAAGCCUGUGUGGCCUGCUGUUGUAAAUGGCUGCAACUUAAUAUGGUUAAUUUUAA